CAAAAACAAGGGACGGUGCCGUUUCAACACGGCAGAGCCUUGGAUUGACUUCACGCCCCAGUACACAGCAGUCUCCGGCGCAAGAGAAGUUAUGGAGUCCCCCAGAGCGAAAGGUCCGACCCGAGAAAUACGGAAAACAUGUGACCAUUGUAGGAAGCGUAAGAUCAAAUGUUCCAAUGAGAAUCCAUGUGCACGUUGCCAUCGAUUCGGCUUGUCGUGUCGAUACUCUCCAACUCGACCUAUUGGACGGCCAUUAAAACGACGGGGCACCCCGCCAAACCAGUGCAGUGCUGCUGCCGCCCGUCCGAAUGAGGGUCUCCUGUUUGAAAGUCCUGAUAUACCGGAGGAGUUCGACAGCGCCAUGACGCUUGAUACACUAGCUGUCCCGAUGACUUUCCCGACCCCACCUGAUGAGUUUUGCUGGUCUGAAUGGUCGGCACUGGACGCUAUGAUGAGUGCUGCAUAUACUCCCAAUGACACGUCGCAAAGCCAACGCACUCAGACUCAUGUUGAGAAGUCCCAAGUCGUUGGUGGCACCAGCACACAUGACCUGUCGGGAAUUAUUACGAGGCAGCGCAAGUCAGCGGAGCUGGCGCAGAAAGUCCUGGAUUGUAAUAGUUGCGGCGAUAUCAACAACGCACCUAGUCAAAUCGCCGGGAACGUGCUGCUCUUUGGAGCGGUUAUGACGGAGGCGACUUCAUCGUGCCAAUCAUUCAUCAGAGACCUGGAACAACGCGCUCUCGUACCAGAUGACGAGCAGUCCUACACACAGAUAUGCCUCGCACUCAUGGACCCUAAUGACCAUCACAUCGAGUACAAGCUUAACCGUCAAUAUGUCUGGCCCCUAGCCAAGGUUCUGCUUCGUAUCGAAACCGACAAGCUCAGCCGGAUAUGCAUUGCCUUCAUCACUCGGCAAUGGCGGGUGCAUGAAAGGGGUCACGAAUUAUGCCGAGCUGGGACGACUUGCAAGAAGAUCAAGACUACAGAGGCCAGUUAUCCGGCGGAUUUCUCUGCCUCCGUACAGCCAAGCAUCUUCAGUCUGUUAUCACAAGCCUUCAGAAAGAUUUGGAAUUAUAAUAUGGGAUGA